AUGGCUCUGAAGGUGGCCACCCUGGCCCUGAUGCUCCUGGUGGUCUCAGGGGCCCAGGCUGAUGUGAACCCGGACGAGGUGGCCAGCGUGCUCUGGAAAUACUUCACUGAGAUUGGCAGCAACGCCAAGUUGCCCCAGGAAGGCAGGUUCCCACAAGGCCCCUCCCUGCUGCAGGGGGUGACGCGGCUGCUGCUCACCAGGAUCCCCUUCUUCAAAGAGAUCAUUGUCAGCUCCUUCGCCUGUGACAGCUGCUCCUGGUCCAACACUGAGAUCCAGUCAGCGGGCAGGAUCCAGGAGCAGGGUGUGUGCUACACCCUGGCUGUCACCUCCCGGCAGGACAUGAACAGGGAGGUGGUGAAGACUGACUGUGCCACAGCUCGGAUUCCUGAGCUGGACUUUGAGAUCCCUGCCUUCACCCAGAAGGGAGUCCUGACCACCAUUGAAGGGAUAAUCAACAGAGCUGUCACUGGCCUGGAGCAGGACCAGCCCAUCCGCAGGGCAACAGAUGAAGAGGUGGCAAGGAAAAUAGACGAGUUCAUCAGCAAACUGAAGCAGCUGAAAGAAGUACAUUCCUCCUUCACCUUUAUCAUAGAUGAUCCUUCAGGGAACAGCUUCGUGGAGAACCCCCACGCGCCGCGCAAGGACGAGGCCCUGGUGGUCACUCACUACAGGAGGAGCCCCCAGCAGGCUGCCAUGCUGGGGCUGCAGGGAGAGGAUCUGACUGAGAAGGCAGCGGAUCCUGCCGAGGAUCUGAGAAACGAGGUGCUGCAGUUCAACACCAACUGCCCUGAGUGCAAUGCUCCAGCCAGCACCAACAUGAAGCUGGUCCAAAUCCCACACUUCAAGGAAGUGAUUAUCAUGGCCACAAACUGUGACUCCUGUGGGCACAGGACGAAUGAGGUGAAGUCUGGGGGAGCAAUCGAGCCACAAGGCACCAGGAUAACCCUUCGGAUCACAGACCCUUCUGACAUGACAAGGGACAUCCUAAAGUCAGAGACCUGCAGCGUGGAGAUCCCAGAGCUGGAGUUUGAGCUGGGGAUGGGAGCUCUGGGGGGGAAGUUCACCACUCUGGAAGGGCUGCUGAAGGACAUCAAAGAGCUGGUGGAGAGAAACCCCUUCACCCUGGGGGACAGCUCUGCACCUGGCAAGACAGAGAAGCUGCAGGAGUUCAUUGGGAAGCUGCAGGAGAUCAUAGAGGGAAGGAGGAAUGUUCACUUCAUCAUGGAUGACCCUGCAGGCAACAGCUAUCUUCAGAACGUCUACGCCCCGGAGGAGGACCCGGAGCUGCAGGUGGAACGUUACGAGCGCACGUUUGACCAGAACGAGGAGCUGGGGCUGAACGACAUGAAGACAGAGGGGUACGAGGCUCCGGGCCGGAUCCGGAUCGUGGAUGACGAUGUCAGCUGGAACAGCAUCGCAGUCACCCAGGAGAAGGAGGAGGAGGAGGACGAAGCUGACAUGCCUGUGGUGGCAGAAUUCAUCGAUGAGCGUCCGGAUGAGGUGAAGCUCAUGGAGGAAUUCAGGACAAAUGCUAAAUGGAAGCUCUUAGGAGACCAGAAUGAAGACUCCCAGAGUUCAGAUGUUUCAGUACCUGCCACGUCUACCCUGAGGCGGCAGCGCCACGACUCCCCGGACACGCAGCGCCACGACUCCCCGGAUCUGUCCCCUCCCAGGAGGGAGAGGAACGUUUCCCCCAACCUCCUGCCUCCCAGGAGGCAGCGCCACGACUCCCCAGACCUCUCCCCACCCAGAAGGAAGCCAAAUGUCUCCCUGGAUCUCUCUCCUCCCAGACGGAAGCGCCACGACUCUCCGGACCUGUCGCCUCCCAGGCGGCAGCGCCACGACUCUCCUGAUGUCUCUCCAAAAAGAGCCAGUUCAGCAGUGGGGAAAAAGGGCUGGAAAAGCACGGAGCAGUGUCAGCCCAGGGGUGUCCCAGGGGAGCAGUCCCAGCUCCAACGUGGUGCCUCUGACAGGUCCUCGUGGCGCCAGAAGCGCCUGCCCACCCCUGACCUGUCUCCCCCGCGGAAGAAGAGACACGAUUCCGACCCAGAUGUGUCACCACCUGCAAGGAAGAGGACAGGGUCACCUGGAAUGAAAAGGCAGAGCAGAACAAAAGAUGCUUCUCCAGCCACAAAGAAGCUGAGACCCGUGUCCUCCCCUCAGAGGUGCCCGAGGCGCGACUCCCGCUCUCCGUCCCCACGGAGGGGUUCCCGGGCGGCCUGGGAUGCAGCCCAGGGGCCAGGCCAUGGACACAGUGAUUCCCCAAAGCCUGCUCCUCUCAAAGGGAAUCGCAGCAGGUCUCCAGACUCUGACCUGUCCCCUCCACGGUGGGCUCUGCCAGCUGGCAGGGAGCAGCACAGUUCCAGGAGCCCCCCUGACCUCUCUCCUCCUCGGCACCGGGAUGCUAAGGGAUCUCCCAAGAAGGCAAAUGCAAACGUGAUGUUCUCGGGGGUUAAAGCUGGCCUGGUGUCAGCUGAUGUGCUGCGGAGGGAACAGCAGGAGCUCAGAAGGCAGGAGAGAAAUAACAAGCACUUGGAAGAGGAAUCCAGGCACUCUGAGACCGUCUUCCGAGACAAGUCGGGCCGCAAGCGGGACCUGGCGCAGGAGCGGCUGGAGCAGAGGAAGAAAGAAGAGGCCAAGUCUGAGAGGGAUGAGCAGUAUGCCAAGUGGGGAAAGGGGCUGGCGCAGGGGAGGCAGCAACAGCAGAACGUGGAAGAUGCAAUUAAAGAGAUGCAGAAGCCCCUGGCUCGUUAUAUUGAUGACCAGGACCUGGAUAGAAUGCUGAGAGAACAAGAGAGAGAAGGGGACCCCAUGGCUGACCUCAUCAAGAAAAGGAAGGCCAAAGAGAACAAAGAAAAGAAAGAAAAACCCCGGUACAAUGGACCAGCCCCUCCACUCAACAGGUUUAAUAUAUGGCCUGGGCAUCGCUGGGAUGGCGUGGACAGGUCCAACGGCUUCGAGCAGCAGCACUUUGCCAGGAUAGCCAACAGGAAGGCCGUUCAGGAGCUGGCCUACAAGUGGAGCGUGGAGGACAUGUAG